AUGAAUGGAAAUUCAGGAGCCAUGUCGCCUGUCUCUGUCGAUGGCAGCGACUGGUCCGGCAUCAAUCAAUACCAGAAGUCGGAUGCGCCCUUCUCGCCAACCUUCCCUUCUCGUGGCAACCUAGCCACACCACCCACCUCUGGCGUCUCAAGCAUUCCGCUAAGUCCCAGUAGCACCGGUCUCCCACUGCCGGGCAGCCGGCCGGGCAGCGCAAACCCAUCUCCGCCUAGCUCCGUCGGUGGUGCAAGAUCCAGCAGUGGAACACUUGGCGAUGAGCCGCGCGAUGGCGGUCGACGCCGCCGACAGAUGGAAGAAAUACUAAACCAGCAUUAUGUGACACUCAAACGGUUUCUUAGCGCCACCUAUCGCGAAGACCGAAUCAACGGUCGAUCCAACAAAGCCCGCGAUAAGCUCCUGCGCCUUUCACCGACCCAGUUUCACGAACUGAGUACUGAUGUUUACGAUGAACUUAUUCGUCGCCAACAAACCACACCUGCUCCAGGCCGCCCGCCCCGUCCCGACGCACCUGCCUUCCUCCCUCCGCGAAGCACCUUCCACGAGAAACGGAAUCACGCCCGCCAGAAGCUUGCGUCGCUUCAGCAUACGCGCUUUCGCGAUCUUGCGACCGAUGUCUUCUGUGAGUUGGAGCGCCGCUUCCCACACUUCACGGGUCGUCGUCCUUCCCCUGGCCUGCCCCCGGAUCCUCGUCGCUCGCAGUCUCGUGGUCCCCCGAGUCGCAUGGGUCGGGGAUAUCCGUCUGGUGGCCCGGCUAGCCCAUACGGGCCACCUCGGCAGGCUUCCCUUGGAGGUCCACCGCAAGGGAUGAAUGGAGAGGGUCCUUUUCCUCGGUCGUUCCAGAGUAACACUAUGGUUCCGAAUAAGAGUACGAUGGUUGAGGAUAGCGAUGAUAUGGGGCCAGAUGACGAUGAUGAUGCUCGGAGUGAUGCGUUCGCGUUGGAUGCCGUCUUGAGCAGACGGGCUACUACUACGACUCUCGGUGAAGGGGAGCGAAAAUUAUUGGUGGAUAGUCAAGCCCAGGUCUCGGCAUUGCAAGAGAAAGUGGAAAAGCUGGAAGAAUUGGUCCGCUGCAAGGAUGAGGAAUUGUCUCGAUCACAAGAUUCAGAUCAAUCCGCGGUCAGUCUUAGUGAACGUCAGGAAUGGGAUGAUCUUCGCCAAGAUCUGGAGAGCAAGGUAUCGCAGGCCGAGGAUCUCAACAACUCACUCCAGCUUGAGCUUGAUCGGGUUCGGGCAGAGCAUGAAAGUGUGGAGCGAGAUCUUCGUCAUCAGCUUGACGAAGUCGCUCGGGAGUCUGGAGACUCAGAUUUGGUUGCUCGAUACGCUGAAUUGGAAACCAAGCACCAGAGCCUUCAGUCCGAGCUGCAACAGCAGCAGGAGCUUACUACCGAGGUUCGGCGUGAGACAUCUGAAUUCCUCAUGGAGAUGAAGACUCUUACAGCCCAAAGUCAUGCAAAUUGGGAACAGGAGGAGCGGAUGUCCAUUGAUGUCCAGAGACUAGAAAAUGAAGUCAAAGAGUGGAAACAUCGCUAUGCGAAGGCCAAAGCGCAACAGGGUCAUCUCCGCACUUCAUCUGGUGGUCUCUCGGAUAUUCGAACUGAUGCUAGCGCUGUUGUCAAGGAGCAUGAGCUGGUGCAGCCCAAUGGUGUGGUCAAAGAUAUCCACGUUACCAAGUUCCAGAUGUCGAUUGACGAGCUGCUUCGAUCUGCACGCUUUGAGGAUGCCCAAGUGGUGUCCGACCAAGUCAAGGCUGUUAUCGUUGCUGUUCGUUGCAUGAUUCAGGACGUAGACCAGGCACCUCUCCCAGUUGAUGGUUCAGCCAAUUUGCGCACCAAGGCUAAGACCAGAGUGUCUGCUACUGCAAACAACAUGAUUACUGCCGCUCGUAACUUCACCGGCUCCAGUGGUCUCUCUCCUGUUUCCUUGCUUGAUGCCGCCGCCUCGCAUCUUUCCACCGCCGUCGUGGAGUUGAUUCGAGUGGUUAAAAUCCAGGCCUCGCCAGCGGAUGAGUUGGAAGAUGUCGACGUGGACCUAUCUCAAGAGAAGUACCCAGACUACUUUGGCACGACUGCCAGUCAAAGGCCUUACAGCAACCACUCAGAAUACAGUGCUAUUAGCCCCCCCGACCAAGACCACCCCGCCAUGCAGAAUGGUUACACCAACGGGUUCUCAUACGCGCCACAAGAAGACCACGAGCUCCAAGAGCUGAAGCUUUAUGUUGAAGACCAAACUGAUGGCAUGGUCCAGUCCAUCCAGGCUCUGGUUGCUAGCAUCCGGGCUGAGCAGGAGCUGAGCAGCGUUGAGAUUCACGUCUCUGCAAUUGGCGACGUGGUCACCAACGUGGUAUCUGCUACUGAGAAUUUGAUUCACGAUCGCAGCGGCGACAUUGCCCUACGCGAGCAAUCCGAACCGGCUAUUAAAUCCCUUGACGAAUGCCGCGGCCGGCUUAUGAAUACUGUCGCCGAAGGGCACAAUGCUACUACUCCCGAGCAAGUGCGCGAGGUCACUAACCAGCUACCUCCUCUUGCAUUUGAGAUUGCUCGACAGACCAAGGAGCUUGUACAGCGUCUGGAUUCCCUGACGCAUGGAGACGACGAUGACUUCCGGUGA